AUGGAGAAAUCUCAGUCAAGGCCCGAGAAAGGCUCUGGCUCAGGGUCAGGCGCAACAUCAUGGUCGGUGUACAGUCUCGGAACAGCCAUACUCGCGGCCGCCCUGGCCGUAUCUGUCUUCAAAGAGCCGUUCGAUGUCGACGUUAGAGCAACAUUGUCAGAUUGGGUGGUGCCAACCUGGACGUCCCUCGUGGACACGGUGAAUCCAGUCGAUCCCACCGACUACAUGGCGCGGGCGAGACGGCUGCUCAAGAGCACGCCCCUGAUCGACGGCCACAACGACUUCCCAUUCAACCUGAGACAACAGCUACAUGGCAAGAUCUACGACCAUGACUUCCACACCGAGCGCAUUGGAAGCCACAGCGACUUUCAGAAGAUGAAGGAUGGCUUGAUGGGCGGGCAGUUCUGGUCUGUCUACGUGCCGUGUCCAGAAGACCUUGUCCCGGGCGUCGACUUGCACGACCCGAACAAGCGUGUGCCGGACCUCAAUGAGCCCAGUUGGACGGUCCGCGAUACUCUUGAGCAGAUCGACAUCACGAAACGUCUUGUCGCCCACUACCCGGACCUCUUUGAACUCUGCGUCACCCCUUCGUGUGUCCGCCGAGCGCACAGACGAGGCAGGAUCGCAAGUAUGAUCGGCGUCGAGGGCGGCCAUCAGACGGGGAACUCGCUGGGGGCGUUGCGGCUGUUCUUCGAGAGCGGCGUGCGGUACAUGACCGUCACGCACAACUGCGACAACGCGUUUGCCACGUCGUGGGUCAGCGUGGACCUGGCAGCCGGCAAAGACGACGGGCUCAGCAAGUUCGGGCAAGACGCCGUGCGGGAAAUGAACCGACUGGGCAUGUUUGUCGAUCUCAGCCACGUCUCGCCGCAGACGAUGAGGGACGCAAUCAAGGUCGCGAGGGCCCCCGUCAUCUUCUCGCACUCGGGAGCGUACAGCGUCAACAAACAUCUUCGCAAUGUGCCCGACGACGUCCUCGAGACUGUCAAGGAGAACGGCGGAGUGGUCAUGAUCCCUGCGAUCCCGUUCUUUAUGAACUGGGAGCACCCCGAGGACGCGACCGUGGAAGACCUCAUCGAUCACAUACACUGGGUCGCCGACAAAGCUGGAUGGGAACACGUUGGUCUCGGGUCGGACUUUGAUGGCGCCGCCCUCAACGUGAAAGGACUCGAGGAUACUUCGAAAUGGCCAGACCUGAUCGCAAGGCUUCUUGCUCGUGGCAACGUUACCGACACCCAGGUCAAGAUGCUGCUUGGCGACAAUCUGCUGCGUGCGUGGGAACAGGUCGAGCAGACGGCCAAGCAACUGCAGCGGCAGGGCGAGCUACCGUGUGAAGAGACCUGGGAAGGAAGGGCAUGGGAACCCGAGAACUUGGAUACACCGAGACUGUUUCCUGGCAUUUAG